AGCUGUCACUAUCAUACUCAACUUAAAAGGGAAACCAAACCAUUAACCAUACGAAACGAAAAACAAAAUUUAUUUCUUUUUUGUUUUAACUUUCUACAUAUUUUUUUAUUUAAUCCAGAAUUCCAUUCUGCUAAGCUUAAAGUCUUCCUUUAUAAAUUAGACACACUUGUUCUCCUUUACAAAAUACUAAAAAACAUAACCAACAUGGAUCAACUAUUUGUAGAAAUCGAACUGAUCAACAGAGAUAACCAAACCGAAAUAUACACCACCGUUCACUCGUUCAUUGCCCUGUAUGUCUACAAGUACCUGAAUUCCCCGAGCAAUAUCAAACUAAACUACGUUAAGACAUACUUCCACGAACACGCUAAGAUAAGACUCAACACUGAGGCUCUGGAGGAGCUCAACGACGAUAGGAUAAUCUGUAAGAAUAAGAGUACAAUUCAAGCAAUCAGGGAUCUCAAAUUGCCAGCUUAUGUCAAGGACAAGAACACAUUCAUAUCAGGCUUGUGCGCGGUGUGCAGAGAGAUUGUGGACCGCAACUCAGAUUCGAAUCGAAGGGAACUGCUGGGCUUCAAACAGAGUUGUCUGCUGGCACCGGCGGAGAGCUCGAUUUGGACGCGAUUCUGUGAGGUGAAUAUUCUGCGAGCUCUGGAGGAGAUCCUCGUGGGAAAGCCCGUUGCGGAGUCAAGAAUAUACGAGCUGCCACAGGAACUGCCGCGAUUCGAAGCCCACAUGGGUGAGCCAGUCCGAAUGCAUAACAUUUAUAAAUUGGCCCGGGAGAAUGCCAACAAGAAGAAGGAAAAGAAAGGCAAAGUAAUCAUCGAAUGCACAACACCAAAGGAAACACUGGGUAUCGAGCAUAGGUUCGCCGAGGGGAUCUCAUUCACCAUCGCUGACCUGAUGCUCUAUCCGUGCUUCAGACUGAUCUUAGGACAAAUGCCUGUUAGCUUAGUUACGGCGGAUGAAUUUCCUCGCCUCCAUCGAUGGAUGAAGGAGAUUGAAUCCGCAGAUGAGCAGUGCCAACAAGUUCUGGAGGAACUCUACCCCGAAAUCAACAUAUCCAAGAAAACUCAUACAUCAUACAAGCUGCCGGAUUACGAGCAUACGAGUUUGUACAAGAGCGACCCGAAGCGCUACAAACCCCGCAACAGAAUCUUCACCGAGCAAAGUGAGAUCGACCAGAGUUUGGAGAAGCUGUCGCCACUGCAAAUUGAGUUCUCCAGCGACACAGACGUUGCUUAUGAUAUGCCAAUCGAUUGGAACGCCAUCGAGCCAGACCAAAGUAAAACCAGUGCCCUGCCCGAGCAGCGACUGGACCGAAAGCGACAACAGCUGGAGAACGUAGCCAAUGCCGUGAAAUCUUUAGCCGAGGACGGUGAUAGAAUAAUAGACUUUUGCAGUGGAACUGGCCAUCUGGGCAUCCUCUUGGCGCUCACCCUUCCCAAGUGUUCGGUGUUGUUCCUCGAGAACAAAGCAAUAUCACUGCAAAAAGCCAAGGACCGAUGCGAAGAACUGGGUUUGACCAACUGCCUGUUCUACCAAUGCAACAUCGACUACUUCGAGGGCAUCUUCGACAUAGGGACAUCCUUACAUGCCUGUGGCACCGCCACUGACAUUGUCCUUAACCAAUGCAUUCGCAGUAGAGCGAAGUUCGUUUGCUGUCCAUGUUGCUACGGAUCUAUUCAGCCAAUGCCCCACAUUAAGUAUCCACUGAGCAAGAAAUUCCAAUCGGCGUUGGACGAGAAGGAUUUUCUGCACAUAGCACACGCCGCCGAUCAAGCCCACGAACUGGGCACUCUCAAUUGUAAACCGGAAACAACGUUUCAGGGGCAAAUGUGCAUGGAUAUUGUUGAUUCCGAUAGGAAACUGCACGCUGAGGAAGCUGGCUAUGAGGUGAUAUUAACACGACUUCGUCCUGAGAACUGUACACCGAAAAAUAGACUCCUCGUUGGAGUGAUAUGAUUGUGGCAAUAAAUUCACUUAAAAAAAUCUGU